GGAAGUAAACAAUGAAAAGGCGGCAGUAUGGUUGUUCUAGCGUUGACUUUUGGAGGCUCGCUUUGUGCUGUGUGUAAGCUGAUUGUGUGAGCCGUGUGUGUGAGCUGAGUGUGUGUGAGCCGAGUGUGUGAGCUGUGGCAGUAACAAUGCCUUCAGUUCAGUAUCUGAGAGAGUUUAUCAACGAGCGACUAACUGCUGCUGCUGAACAAAUAUUCUUGGAGUUUGAAAAAACGAUCGUCCAGUACGAGGAAGAGAUCGACCGUCAGCGCAGACUGUUGGAUAUCACCUGGAAACCCCAAAUCAAGCUGCACAGGACAGACGUCCCACAGCAGCAUGUCUGUAAGGAGAAGGACGAGGUUCUCCCUGAGCAACAGCUUUGGAACCAGGAGAGGAGCUCCAGUGUUGACCAGGAUGAACCAGAACCUCCACAGAUUAAAGAGGAAGAGGAGAAACUGGGCAGCAGUCAGGAGGGAGAGCAGCUGGGACUGAAGGAGGAAAUUCAUACCUUUAUGGUGACUGAAACUUAUGAGGAAAGUGACCACAGUGAACCAGAACGAGACAGGGAGCAGCUCCUCUUUGAGAGCUCUGUGAACACCAACAGCAGAGAUCAGCAAGCAGAACAUUAUAAAGAAGCAAGAUCCACCAAAACUGUAGAGUCAGAGUCAAAAAAGAAGCAUCGGAGUAAGAAUGGAGACGGCUCAGUUAUGUCAGAGAGCGAGAGUAACACAGGUACAGGUGUGAAGUCUGUAAAAUGUUACGUUUGUGAAAAAACUUUCAAGAAAAAAUCUCAGAUGCAGAUACAUUACAGAACACACACAGGCGAGAAGCCAUAUUCAUGCAAAACAUGUGGGAAACGAUUCAGCCAAAACUGCCAUUUAUCUGUUCACAUGAAGAUCCACAAAGGGGAGAAACCGUUCUCCUGCAAUGUCUGUGAAAAAACCUUCCGAGACGCACUAACACUGAAAUAUCACAUGAGGAUUCACACGGGUGAGAAGCCGUACUCAUGCACAAUUUGUGGGAAAGGUUUCUGUCAAAGUAAUAACUUAAACAUCCACAUGAGAACGCACACGGGCGAGAGACCUUACCCCUGUCACAUCUGUGAGAAAAGAUUCAUCGACUCAUCCACACUUAAGAGACACAUCAGAACUCAUACGGGUGAGAAGCCGUAUGUUUGCAAAACAUGUGGGAAAAGUUUCAUUCAGAAAAAUAUUCUGUCUGUCCACAUUAGGAUCCAUACAGGCGAGAAACCACAUCCCUGUGAACUCUGCGGAAAAAGUUUCCGGUCUCGUGAACUCUUGUUAGUCCACCUAAGAACACACUCAAAGUAGUAUUUCUGUGAGACUUGUGGGAUAAGUUUCAGUUAUUGUGGUAUUUUUACUGCCCACAUUAGAGGGCACUCAGGUGAGACGCUGGAGCUGUGGGAAACUUGUAGAAAAGGACUCAGGUGUAGCAGGUUCUUACUUGGUGCGCAUAUAAAUUUGUCAAAGUACAAAAGAAAAGCAGUCCUUUCAUACUGAAAGCACCUUUGGACUGUGCUCUACUGUGAUUAUGUUAAUUUGCUACAUAUGACAUGUGCCAACGGGAUAGAGUUCAUGCUAAUGGUGAUUUGUCAUGCUGUCCUUUGGAUUCUUACAGAAAAGCAUCUCUGUAUGCAAACUUUUAUAGGAAACAGGAAGUGUGUUGUUGUCACGGAUUCACCAAGUUAUACUGUGAGCUUUUCAUUUUGAAAAAUCUGGUUCAGUUGUGAAGUUUGUUUUUGCUGGUUACCGUUAUAUUUAUAGGCCUGCAAGGUUCAGGUCUGUGGUGUCCUCCUCUGUCUUGUGGCAGACAAUUUUUUUUAUUUAUUGGGUUUUUUUGUUGUGUUUUUACUGGCACAAUUUGUGGGCCAUCUUAUUGUGACACCUGAUUGUUCUCUUAUUUUAAUUAUAGCAGUAUUUUUAAAUGGUUGUACACAAAUUGCGUUACAUUUUUAGAUAAAUAGUUGUUUACAAAAUUUGUGCAUAAAUUUUCAACAUGUACAAUUUAUAUUUGCAUAUCAAGUUAUGAAAAUAAUUUACUAAACGUGUGUGAUUUUUACAGUAAAAAAUAUUACUACUAGGAUUUUGUUUUUUGUGUGAUUUCAGAUCAGUUGUGUUAACAUAGUAUGUCACUGAAAAAAUAACUGUAAAUUCAGACAGGUGAGGUUGAGCUGAAGAGAAUGAUACCAAACAAGGCCAAAAACAUUUGAAGGUGAAAUAUAAAUAAUGUAAAAUCAAAAGGAGUCAAAAUGGACAAUUAUAUUUUGGACCUGAGAGGGUGAACCCAACAAAUCAUUAAAAAUUAAGUUUAAUUUUUGUUCAUGACGCUGCAGAUUUCUGACAUUUUGUGUAAAUUUAAGCAUGUAACAAUCUGAUUUUUCUAACAAGGCUAUACAAUACAUGACAUCAAAAUUCACGUUUAUGUAACUGAGAUGUUUAAUUAUGUGGGCUACAGAAAAUAACUAAGUAUACUAAGCAUAUAUGUUUAUAUGAAAAGUAUAUACUUACUGCAUUUUAAUCAUUUUAACCAUAUGUAGCACCUGCAUAUGUGUUGUUGUUUUUUUAAGGCUUUGAUUUUUCCACCCCAUUUGAUUUCCAUGCCACCCUAAGAAAGUUUCUCUAGAUCCGCCCCUGGUCUGAUACAUAACUAGCUAACUUAAGGCUUUCUGAUUGAAGGCUAAAAGUGAAGUUGUCACCAGGUAAAUAGAAUAUUGUUUAUGUUUUUGUGUUUUGCUGCAGCUUUUUCAAGUAUAAACUUGGUGCCUUUGGCAACACCUUAGGGAGAAGUAAUGGUAAUAUGAUCCAUAUGGGCACAAAGAAUAGACACUUUUUUGUGCUACUGAAGUUUUUUAUUUUAUUUUAUUUUUAUUUAACCUUUAUUUAACCAGGAAUGUCCCAUUGAGAUUAAAACCUCUUUUUCAAGGGA